AUGUAUAUCACCUUACCCAAUGGAAUCCGUGUCUUCUAUCGCGAAGCCGGAUCAUCGUCCAAUCCAACUAUUCUCUUGCUUCAUGGGUUCCCUGCCUCCUCGUUCCAAUACCGGAAUCUCAUGCUCAUCCUGGGCGAAAAGUACCAUGUGCUCGCUCCUGAUUUGCCUGGAUUCGGCUUCACCGAGAUCCCAGAAAAUCUGAACUUCAAGUAUACGUUCGCCAACAUUGCGACGACGAUUGGGUCGUUCCUUGAUGUUCUCAAAAUAUCGAAGUUCGCCGUGUAUGUCUUCGACUACGGAGCUCCCACAGGCUUCCGGCUGGCUCUGGAGCGUCCAGAAGCCAUCACUGCCAUCAUCUCUCAAAAUGGGAAUGCAUAUGAGGAGGGCUUGCAAUCUUUUUGGGAUCCAUUACGCCAGCUCUGGGCCACUUCCGAUCCCGAACAAGAAAAGAAGAUUCGUCAAGCAGUCAGUGAAGCAGUUCUGAGCUUCGAGGCGACCAAGAGCCAGUAUCUGCAUGGCGAACCCGACGCGGAAAAGAUUGAUGAUCCAGUCACGUACCAUAUUGACUAUGCGUUGAUGUCGCGUCCCGGAAACAAAGAGAUACAGCUCGACUUGUUCAAGGACUAUGGCACCAAUGUGGUCUUAUACCCCAAGUUUCAGGAGUACUUGCGUACGAGCCAGGUCCCUGUCCUGGCAGUCUGGGGCAAGAACGACUUCAUCUUCCCACCGGCUGGAGCUGAGGCGUUCAAGAGAGACGUGAAGAACUUGAAGCUUGUUCUUUUGGAUGGUGGUCAUUUCUUGGUCGAGAGCCAUACCAAGGAGAUUGGAGGGCUGAUUUUGGAGUUCCUCGCCGAAAACAAGAUCUAA